AUGGGAACAGAUGGCAUAAGCCCAAUGCCUGGAAUGCCCAACAUGGGGGGUAUGGCAGGUGGAUGUGGCUCAGGAUGCGGUGGAUGUUGCCUUGCAUGUCCCAGCUGCCUCUCUUCUCCAUCCUGUCAUGGAGGAUCAAACAGUUUAAAUCCAGGCCCUGUGUGCCCAGCUGGACCAGGAUGCUGUGGCUGUCAAGGCUGUCCAGGUGGUGCCGGAUGUGGGUGCCCUGGAGGAUGUCCCAUGAUGGGCAUGAGGCCUGGAAUGAUGGGGGUGCAAGGUGGCGUGAUGCCAGGGUGCAACCCAAUGAUGAUGAUGAUGAUGGCAAACAUGAUGCAGAUGGCCCAAAAGCAGAUGGGAGGAGGGCAAGGCAGCUCAGCAAACCCUAUGGGUGGAGCGAUGCAGCCAGAGACCGUUGGUGGGUCUACAAGCUCGAGGAAGGGGCCACCCGUGGAAAAAGAUGAUGAAAAAAUCGAUCCUGAUAUUCGAGAGCUGGGCGACUACUUCAACAUUGAGGAACGUUGGAUCAAGAGAUUGGACGAGACCAUGAACAAACGUCGCGAGACUAAGCAGCAGGACCUUGAGAAACUGUACGAGGUUCUUGAGCGCGCUCGCAGUCCAACUGGCUUGCUUACGGUGCAGAUUGGCAAAAUGGAAUGUGGCCAGUUUGUCGGCAAGAUCAAGCCUGACAAGGACGUUGAACGCUUGGCCAGAAAGUUCAAGCUCGAUGACCACGUGACAUCGCGCCUGACAGAACUGAAAGUUUGUAGGAGGAAUAGCGGUCAAGAAGAGCGAGGUUUGAAGGACCUUGACCGGCUUGAGCAGCAUCUACGAUAUUGCAAGCGGCCAAAUGCAAUGGCGACCCUUCUGGCUGGAAAACUGUUGGAGGGCGAGAUAGCAGAGCUCCCAGAUCUUGCAGAGGCUGAAAAAAUCAUGGAGAAGUACAAGCUGGACGAGGACUGGCGGGCACAGGUUGCAACACAGUGCUUUUUGUUGUGCUUGAAGGUUUUGGAGCCGUGGCCCUCUCGUGGAAUUAUGUACGUGGAAACGCUCUCGCUGCCGUGUGGUUUGUACGACUUGGUCACUGGGCGAAAGCUGAGCACGUUCCGGGGGAUGCACCAAAACUUCAUCAAUAUCCUCCGAUUCUCACACAGGUCACCUCACCUGUUCGCCACGGCGUCCUUCGACCACACUUGCAAGGUCUGGGACUUGAGGCAACCGAUGCAGCUGUCAAAGCCUGUGAAACUGUUCAGCACGGACACCUUGAACGUCAUGUGCACCUUCUCACCGGACGACAGGCAUAUUUUAUGCUCAGGGGUUGAUUCUUAUUUGCAACAAUUUACCUUGGCGAGCAGUGAUGAUGGAAUUGGAACUAGAUACCCCCUUCCAAAUACACACAGUGCAACGAACUACCGUCGUGCCAUGUAUUUGACCAGUGGGGGUUUGGUUGCAACCGCUGCAACAAAUGAGAGUCUUCUCCGUAUUUGCUCUGCAGCGCAUCCUCAUUACCAUUUGGGGCAUAUUGAUUUCAAGGGGAGCCUUGUCGCACGCCGGCACUUUGCAGAGGUUUGUGGCCGCAGCAUGCGGUCGCAGGCUUCCCAAGUGGCAGGUUUAAGCAGAGGAACGAUGGCCGUGGGGCAGUCACAUCAUCCGACGGAGGAGUAUGUCCAAUCUUUGCGCUGCCAUCCGUUGGAUCAAGAUGCGCUUGGUGUUCUCCUUUCAACGUCUGACCCUCAUCCUGAGUCGUACAUCGCGAUGCUCCGAUUGGGAUCCCACGACUACGAAUCCUCCAGCCAGUGA